GACUUUUUUAUUUUUGGACUUUGUGCUGCUAGAGUCUUAGAAUUCUGUACAGAACAAUUGCAGAGAUUUCAACUCCCUCUCAUAAUGCACGGUAACAUUUCCAGUUGCAGAGGGGUGGCAAAGGCAUCCAGUGGAAACUAAUUGUCCUGAAGGAUUUCAGCAGGCCCAACACUUCGAGCAAGCUCCCUGUCCAUCAUGACGUUGCCCCCAGCACUUGCAGGUGCCGGACCACGGCGUGGCAGCAUGCCCUUGCCCAUCAAACACCAGCUGGUGAGAGCAUCAGCGGUGGAUGAACUGGACUCACCCCCGAGCUCCCCAGAGGUAGGGGGCAACGGGGGAGCAAGCCCUGCAGGGGGGCAAGGCCCUUACAAAGUAAUGUUGCUUGGCGAGAGCGGUGUGGGGAAGACCACACUGGUGGCCAUCUUUGGAGGCCUGAAAGGGGGCGCCCACCAUGAGGAAGAGCAUACAGAGGAUUCCUAUGAACGAAGAUUCUAUGUGGAUGAUGAAGAAGUCACCCUAAUAUUAUACGACAUCUGGGAUCAGGCAGACCCUGGAGGAUGGAUGCAGGAAUCCUGUCUGCAAACGGGAGAUGCUUUCCUGCUGGUUUUCUCAGUGACCGAUCGCCGCAGCUUCACACAAGUGCCACCUACUCUCCUGCGCCUGCGGGCAGGGUGCCCUCGAACGGAUCCCCCUAUUAUCCUGGUGGGGAACAAGAGUGACUUGGCCCGAUCCCGGGAGGUCUCACGGGAGGAGGGCCGCAGCCUGGCAGUUAUGAUGAACUGCAAACAUAUUGAGACAUCCGCAGCGUUACAUCACAACACAGAGGAGCUCUUUGAAGGCGUUGUGCGGCAGAUCCGGCUGCGCCGCCGUCGGCGCGAGGGCAAUGGCUUCAGCGGGGAGGGGGCCGGGGGCCGUCGCGAGAGCCUCACUAAAAAAGCCAAACGGUUCCUCUCUAGCCUUGUGCCACGGAAUGGACGCUUCUUCAAGCAAAGGUCAAAAUCCUGCAAUGACCUUUCCGUGCUAUGAGCCUCAUUUUCCCCAUCAUCGACAUCCCGGAAGUCUCUGCAAGGAAAGGCACGGCACUGCAUCACAUGCUCUCCUUAUCCCCACCUGCAUUGAGCUCAGGAUGGCAGCCAAACUGACCCAGGAAGGGGCUGCUCCUGAACAUAGAAAAGCACCCAGAAUCCUCUUAGGCCUGACUCUCCAAUCAGCUUCAGUGCAUAACUUGACCAGCUUCAGUUGUUUUUGUCCUCUGCGCCAUGCUGGAUCUUUAAGAGGGCCUCUAAAAUAAAAUAAACAGUUUUACAAAAAUAUUUAAUACUCGCUCAUGGAAGGCUUUAUAGAAGCUGGAGAUACCAACUCCUCUCCAAACUCACGUGCCUCUCACCUUUUCAAAUAUUUUUUUCCUGGCACUGUGGUGAGAUUUAUUUUUGUCCGCCAUAAUUUUGAACUUCACCUUUAAAGGGGUCUUAAAGGUGCCAGACUGGUACAAAAUGCUUCAGUCAACAGACUCAGGACUUUUGUUCAUGAUUUCUGUUCCUUUUUUGUCUGUGGCACUCAGGUGCCCACACUUUCUUAAGAAGGAAUUUUUUUAAGGCACUAAAUCUCAAGUGAAACGUUUGUCUACUGUGUACACGUGAACAAGUUGUCUAGACCUUUGCGCAAAGCCUUAUCUGUUGUGCUACUUUGUUAUGUAUCUCCUAAGAUAUACAUCUCCUAUUUUUAGAGGUGCCAUUUUGCUUUUUGCAUUCGCACAUGCUGUAGAAGAUCUAAUAUUGUGCUAGAAGUGAUUGCUUCUUCUACGUUUGUGCACCACACCUCACCUUUAAGAGGCCCUGCUUAAAGGCACUGACCUCAGAAUGUCCCUCUGUAGGGUCUAACAAACAGGAAUGCUUUGUGCUUGCUUAAAUAUUUGCCUUUACUUUUAAAAGGCAGUUAAAGGCACAAGGGGGCAUUUUAAUCUCAUACUGCUACAUAAUAGAAGAGUCAGUCUCUAAGCUUCGUGUACCUCAUUUCUAAAGAGCACUUAAGGGCACCCCCUCAACGUGCCCAAUUCAACCAGCUAAUUGCAGCCUUGCAAAAGCUUAUUCCAUUUGCUUAUUUAUACUCCAUAUGUCAAUCAAUGCUCACCUUUUAACCAUUUUUUUUUAAGAACUCAGCAAAGGAAUUGCUGUUUUAUACACUAAAUGCAUGUACUUCUCUUUUAAGAUAAUCACCACCUUAAGGGCACAUUCUCCUGUUUCAACUCAUUAUAGAAGUUGGAUUAUUAUUUAACCUCAAUAUCUAUUUAACCUCAACAUCAUUUUAAAGACGCGUGUAAAGCCAUACAACAGCGACCAUUUAAUCCAGAUACAGACUGAGAAGUCUCCACAAGCCAGCAGUCUAUAACCUCCAAUUUAAAAAGACUAUUAUUAAAGGCACACGUGUCAAAGUAUACAAGAUGGGGUGUGUCUUCUGACUGCUGUCCCUGGAUCUUUGUUUUAAAGACUACAAUGAAAUUGAACCUUUAAAUGAUUAACUGGCUUUGCCCUGCUCUUUUAAAAAGCUCUUAAAAGGGCCAGGAAUCUCACUCCCCAGAGAAGACCGCUUUCUGCUGCCAAAAUGACAGGGAUUCUGAGGAUGUAGCCUUCUGUAUACUCCCCUGCCC